UUUCUGCAUUACUAGUCCAGACCUGAGUAAGAGAGAUAGAAGAAGAGAAUCCCCAUAAAAGCAAACCAACAAAAUCAAAAACCACUAAAAUCCAUUUCUCUAUUUCUCUUCUUUUCUUUCACUUUCUAUCUCUCCGAAAUUUUCUUUCUCACAUUUUCUUCUCUAAACUUUUAAUUUUUCAACAAAUCACCUUUCCAUUUCCAUUUCUAAUCCUUUUGCCGCUCUUCGCCUUCUACUUCUCCUCUUCUCUUUCUCUUCUCUGAACUCUGUCAAAGUUCUUCAAAGAAAAAGAGAUUGUCUCUGUAAAUGUGUGGGCUUAUUACUAUUAUUUUAAAUCUGUUUUCUCAGAACAAUUCAGUGAUCGAUUUUGUUGCUCACAUUCUACUUGUUUACGGGAAUUUGAUCUUGUUGAGCUGUUUGUUCUGAUGCGAUUCACUGAUUUUAGUGUCACCGUCUUGAUUUUAGAGGGAGAUACUGCAGGAGUUUGUUAUAAUGGAGCAAUAUGAAGUGCUGGAACAGAUUGGAAAAGGGGCUUUUGGUUCUGCACUUCUUGUGAGGCAUAAGCAUGAAAAGAAGAAGUACGUUUUGAAGAAGAUUCGUCUUGCCCGACAGACAGACAGAUGCCGGAGGUCUGCACACCAGGAGAUGGAUCUUAUUUCCAAAGUACGGAACCCAUUUAUUGUGGAGUACAAAGACUCCUGGGUAGAGAAGCAGGGUUGCUACGUGUGUAUCAUCAUUGGUUAUUGUGAGGGUGGAGACAUGGGUGAAGCUAUAAAAAGAGCUAAUGGUGUUCACUUUUCUGAAGAGAAACUUUGUAAGUGGCUUGUGCAACUCCUAAUGGCUCUGGAUUACUUGCACAGAAAUCAUGUUCUUCAUCGUGAUGUCAAGUGCUCGAAUAUAUUCUUGACGAAGGAUCAGGACAUACGUCUAGGUGAUUUUGGAUUGGCCAAAAUGUUGACUUCUGAUGACCUAGCCUCUUCCGUCGUGGGAACUCCCAGCUAUAUGUGCCCUGAGCUUCUUGCUGAUAUUCCUUACGGUUCAAAGUCAGAUAUUUGGUCUUUAGGAUGCUGCAUAUAUGAAAUGGCUGCUCAUAAGACUGCUUUUAAAGCUUUUGAUAUGCAAGCUCUCAUCAACAAAAUAAACAAGUCUAUUGUGGCACCUCUUCCAACCAUGUAUUCUGGUGCACUCCGGGGACUCAUUAAAAGCAUGUUGCGGAAAAAUCCAGAGCUUAGGCCUAGUGCUGCAGAUCUGCUGGCACACCCACUGCUUCAGCCCUGCGUUCUAAAGAUACAUCUGAAACUUGAGAAUCCUAGAUAUAAUUCAUUGCCUGCAACCUGGUCUGAAUCUAAUCAAACAAGGAGAACUAGAUUCCAAGAGCCAGAAGAUUCUACUUGCACAGAUAGAGACAAACGGAGAUCAUUGACUAACAAUAGAAUUCUAAAUCCAAGUAUAUAUGGAGCUGAUCAUGACUCUCAGUGUUCAACACAGAUAAUGCAGGAGUUUUGUGGUUAUGUAAACCAAAGGUUAGAGGGACUGUCAGUGAAUAGCAGCCAUGAAGUGAUAGGUGUGGAUAAGGUCAUAACUGGGAAGACUUCCAAUUCUGUUAGGACACCAAGAAUGACUCCAUCAAAAGCUUCUGCAACACCUAGGAGACGAACAGAGCCAUCAAAAAAAGCCCCAAACCAUGAAUAUCUCCCAGUAUCCGGCACUCCAGCAAAUAAAUCUGCUCGGCCAUCUCGUAGAGCUUCUCUGCCGUUGUCUACACCUAUGAGACCUAAUGUCAGUCUCCUCCACCGCAUGAACUCACCGGAUGUCUCUGUAAAUGCCCCAAGGAUCGAUAGGAUGGCAGAAUUCCCAUUGGCUUCAUCAGAGGACCCUCUUUUCACAACCCGUAGAGCUUCGUCAUCUAUACAGGGCUCUUCUACCUCCCCGCAUUGUGCAGAUCAGUCAAUCACGAAAGACAAAUGUACAGUUCAGGUUCAUGACAGAGCCGUUAGCAGAGCAAGUUUUUCUGAUGUCUGGCAAGGGAUUAGGCCGAGCUCCUUUCCCUUGGAUUGGGAAGACGUUAGUGAAUGCUCCGACAGGAAUCCAACUGUUGGGACUUCACAUCGUGGUUCUUUUGAAUUCAGGCAACGAAGGUUCGACACCUCAUCUUACCAACAAAGGGCCGAGGCUCUAGAAGGGUUGCUUGAGUUCAGUGCACGAUUGCUACAUCAGGAGAGGUUUGAGGAACUUGGUGUACUAUUGAAGCCAUUUGGGCCUGGGAAGGUAUCUCCUAGGGAAACAGCUAUUUGGUUGACCAAGAGCUUCAAGGAGACUACAGCCAAGAAUAGCCAGUGAUAAACCGGACACUCGCGCCUUGUAUUUUGACUCUGUUGUUGACAAUUUAGAUUUAGGCCUAACCGUGGAUGUCGCUUGCAACAACCUAGGAUUAGCUUCUGGUGUCGCUUCGAGUUUUUGCGUUCCACCCCCUAUAUCGUUGUUGUGUUUCCUAUUUUGAUUACUUUACAUGGCACUGGCCGUUGGAAUAUAUACUGAAAUUCUUAUAUUCCCAAAUCUGGUUUUGUUUGGGGUGUACAACAAGGCCAUGCCGGUGGUAGGUUGGUCAGGAUAUAGCUUCUUAAAAUUGGUAGGUUAGUCGUGCUAGAUUUUAUAA